CACCAUCCGAGUAAACAGUGUUCACUGAGUCCUCACAUCACCGGCAGAGCGAAUGUUGCUGGAAUGUAAAUUCAUUUUGAACUUACUUGGGCAACCUGAGAAACUGGACGCGGGAUCGGACACAAAGUAACUUCACCGUCGCUUGGACCAGCAAAUGGAUUGUGGUAUGCGUCAGCUGCGUAACCGUGCUCAGGCGAAACGCGGUUUUAAUGUCAAAUUGCAAAAUGUGACAUUUCGCGUGAUCAAAGCCGGUAGGUACAGUUGUAUGCUGCCUCGUGGACGUUGUUUUGUGCAGACAGAUUAUUUUGCACAUCGCCUCUAACACAGGACACAGGCGCGUUGGCUCAAGGAGUCCAUGGAAGUCCCACCUGUGUUAUACACGUAGAAUAAGGAGUCCGGACGAACACCCGCAGUGGGGUCUAGACUGGACAUAGAGUUGGACUAGAAGAUUGACCUUUGAUUUCGAUGACACUGGUUUUGAACACUAAAACGUCAAAUAUGAUCCUUAGUGCCUGUGCAGUAGUGCUGCCACUUCGUGUCUUAUUAACUGUGUUAUUACUUCAGGGUACCCCUUGCGGUUUUCUGAAAGGUGCCCUGUCCAUGACAGUGCUAUUACCUUUGCAGAGCCGGUUAGAACUUUUCAAUGACACUGAAGCGCCACAGCCUUUACAGGUGGAAACUACAGACAUCUCCCCUAGUAUAUUUACAGAGUCACAAGAGGAGACCUCUCCACAGCAAAAUUCAAGACCGAGUCAGUCAUUACAUUCAGACAACGAUGAGCAUCACCAUGGAAGAGAAGCCAAGCCGCUGGAGAGGACGAAACCCUUUGCCAUUGUGAAUGGACACAGGAAGAGUCUAACAGAGGCUUUGCAGAAUGGCCACCCAGAGAAGCUCCAGUGUGGCCUUAAGGUUGGGAGCAGGGUCUACCUGCUGGACCUGGAGAAAAAUCAAGAUCUCCUGCCCAAACCACCAAAUGUAUUCUACUACCUCCCAAAUGGAACAGGGGUUGCUAUGGACCAGAGCCCUGUGAUUCACUGUUACUACCACGGCUCUGUGCGAGGCUUUCCUCAGUCCCGAGUGGCUCUCAGCACCUGUGCUGGACUCAGAGGGGUGAUUGUCAUCAACUCCACCCUGAGCUUUGAGCUGCAGCCAGAGGAGGAUGGUGAGUGGGAUGAAAGCGGCGAGCAGAGCGGAGGCUUCGAGGAGGAGGGGAUGCACCUGCUGUACUCCACCCACCAGCGGAGCCCCUCAGCAGGGGGAUGCGGGGUCUCCCACACCCCUGUGCCCCCCCUCUACGCCCCACCACAAGUGCACCGGCACAAGAGGGACAUCCUAUCUGAGACCAAGUACAUUGAGCUGGUGCUGGUGGCAGACCAUAAAGAGUUCCUGAACUACCAGAAGAGUAAUAAGACCAUGAUCUAUAGAAUGCUGGAUGUGGCCAACCAGGUGGAUUGGUUCUACAGACCCCUGAAUGUGCGUGUAGCUCUCCUUGGUCUGGAGAUCUGGAGCGACCAGGAUAAGAUCCAGGUGGACAAGAGCCCCACAGACACCCUCAACCGCUUUCUGGAGUGGAGGACACGUGAGCUGCUCCCAAGAUUGCGCCAUGACAAUGCCCAGCUUAUCAUGGGGGAUUCAUUUGAUGGAACAACAGUGGGAAUGGCGUCCCAGUCGUCAAUGUGCUCCAAAGACAGAUCUGGAGGGGUCAAUGUGGACCACCUGGUCAGUGUGCUCGGCGUGGCCUCCACAGUGGCCCAUGAGCUGGGCCACAACCUGGGCAUGACCCACGACACAGCAGAGCGACGCUGCCAGUGCCAGAACGAGCGUCGCAUGGGUGGCUGCAUCAUGGAGCCCUCCACAGGCCUAAUGCCAGGUCAGCUGUUCAGCAGCUGCAGUGCCAGAGACCUGUCCCUCAGCCUGCUCCAUGGCGGCGGGAUGUGCCUCUUUAACGUGCCUCAGCCGGAGGAGCUCAUGGGCGGCCCGCGAUGUGGCAACCUGUACGUGGAGAAGGGCGAGGAGUGCGACUGUGGCCUUCUGGAUGAGUGUAAUGACCCUUGCUGCAAUGCCAGCACAUGUAAGCUGAUGCCUGGUGCCCAGUGCUCUUCUGAUGGUAUCUGCUGUGAGAACUGCAAGCUGCGCAUGGCGGGCUCGGUGUGUCGAGAGCCACUGGGUGAGUGUGACCUCCCGGAGUACUGUACUGGCACCACGCCCUUCUGCCCCCCCAACGUCUUCCUGCAGAACGGGGAGCCGUGCGAAGGCGGCGCCUCCUACUGCUACAGCGGCGUCUGCGCCAGCCUCAACGCCCAGUGUCAGAUGCUGUGGGGUCACAAUGCCACACGUGCUCCACCUGUGUGUUUCUCCUCAGUCAACAAACAGGGCAGUAAAUAUGGCAACUGUGGUCAGAUGGCUAACGGUUCCUACAUCCCAUGCCCCAGUGCAGACGUGCUUUGUGGAAGGAUCCAGUGUCAGGGUGGGAAUGAUCGCCCCCUGCUGGGCUCCAAUGCAGAGAUCCUCACCACCAAAGUGCGCCUGAACCACAGCGACUUCACCUGCCGCGGGACCUUCUUUGACCUUGGAGACGACGUCUCUGAUCCUGCAAUGGUAACCCAGGGGACCUCAUGUGGCCAAGGCAAGGCGUGUAUAGACCAGCGCUGUCGUGAUGUGUCUGUGUUCAGGGUGGAGGAGUGCAAGAGGAACUGCAGUGGUCAUGGGGUUUGCAACAGCAAUAAUAACUGCCACUGCGAGCCAGGUUGGGCCCCUCCUGACUGUAAAUACUCAGGCUCAGGGGGCAGUGUGGACAGUGGACCGGCCAGACAGCCCAAAGACUCGGACCCGACACGCGUGGCCCUGCUGGUGUUCUUCCUGUUGGUGCUGCCGGCCUCGGUGGUGCUGUGGUGCGCUGCCCUGCGCAUCCCGCGCUGCCGCCGCAAGCUGGCGUGCCUCGGAAUCAGCCCGCUACAGAAAGGAGACCCCCAACAGCAGAGCCGGACUCAAGCCAAUGAACACAAUGAAGUUCACAAGGGAGAAGAGGUCCAGCCUCUAAGAAAGUGGAAGCAGCAGAACGACAUCCCCCUGACCACCACCAGCAAGGUUCAACACAGGCCUGCUCCCCCUAAUAAGCCACUUCCCCCUGACCCUCUUUUAAAGACUAACAAGCUGGCGGGGAAAAGACCUGCCCCUCCCACCAAACCUCUUCCCCCAGAUCCUCCUCCCUCUGAGGGCAAGACUCAGCUCAAGCGUCCGGCGCCUCCAAGCAAGCCUCUCCCCCCCAACCCCGUCCACACGAAUAGCCAGAGUCAAGGCCCCUCCAAGCCUCCUGUGCCCAAGAAGCCUUUGCCAGUGGCUCCCUUGAACUCUGCCGACCCCCCCAGACUCUCCACAGUUGCCCCCGGGCAUCGCACAGCUUUGGCGACCAGGGGAGCGCUGCCUGCACGGGGAUCAUCUGCUGGUGUAGUCCCGUCGAGACAUCCACCUCUUCCCCCAAUAAGAGCACCCCAUCCGAGGAAUCCCCAUUUGCCUCCUCCCGUUUAGCCAAUGAGCCUUGUCUGGACUCUGCCUGCAUGAGACUGGACGGAGCUCUCGCUGCACUGAUUCUGCGAGAGUUCUGCAGAGCAAAUGCCUUAAGACUGUGCUGAAACCAAAUGCUGCACUCUCAUUUCCUCCCUGUUUGCGAUAGCUUCCUCUUGCAAUCUGGCCAAAUUGCUCACACUUGGCCAGAGUAUUUAAAAGCGCAACUGCUGCAGGAGGAGUCUGUCUACACAGCCCAAACACAACGAGGUUUUGAAGUGGAUCCACAGUGAAAGCCUGGAUGUUUUUUUAAGGGAUUCACAGACAUCCAAAAACUUAAACCGCCUUCAAUAUGACAGUAUUGUGAAGACCAAUUCAGAUUUAGUUUUUUCUGUCUGUGUCUGAUCGACAGUGGGCGUGAGAGUAUGAGAGACUUAAAAAAAUGUUUGAAAAAAACAUACAAGCUGCUCCAACAUUAUGUGACUUAUAGCAAUGCCCCGUUUUUUAGGGUAAGCUCAGGUCAUUGUCAUGUCUAUCUUUGACUGGUGGUCAUGUGAAGUUUCAAUAGUACCCCCACAUCACUCCUUCAGACAGUGUGAUGUUAGGCUUUAGAUUUUCACACAUGUGCUUUAGUGGUCUAGUCUAUGCAGGUAGACCUUUGAUUGCUCAGUGCACUGGGGUAUUGAAUUCACCAUAAACAAUUUUUCACAAAGACAUUAAUGCAUAAAAGGUGUUAUGACUGGCCUUGCAUCAGGAACCAGGCACUGGAAUGUCUGCUCUGAAAUUAAUGUUACCAUGGAAAUCUGUGAGAGAUUUAGACCAAGUGGAGCAUGUCAUUGACUGUGUGUCAUUGGCAGCCUUCGAGGGAUUUGUCCAUGGAUUUGUCUUUAUGAAGAUCAUCAGCAUUUCACUGCACAAUUAUGCAAAUGUUUGCCUUCUGUUCCACAUGUUUAUCCACAUGUUCUAUUAAUUUUGCCUGAAUUGCAAACAAGAUGGUGACUUAAGUUGGGAGACAGUUUGGUUGGUGCAUGUACAGUAUGCAUUAUUCUCAGAAUGUGUGAAAUGUUUGCCCAUCAUAUGCAUCCAUUUAACAUUGUUGUAAGAAUCAAUCUGUGAUUGAUUUUUCAAUUGUGAGAUUGAAGUAUUUUGAAAAAUCUAGGCAAAUCUAUUUGUUCCUGUUUUGUUUUGGCAUAAUCACCCAAACUAUCUUUUACAUGUCACAGCUAAAUUCAGGAUGUAAUGCCCAUUUCAGAAAGAAGUAUCAAGAACUCUGUUAUGAAGGACAGAAAAAGUAUUAUACUGUACCUCUGCCUUUGGACCUCAACUUUCUUUUGUCCUCUAUUGCCAUCCAUUUUAAUUGAAGGUGCAUGCAGCAUUUAUCAAACAUGGUGGUGGUUCUGUGCAAGUGUUGGCAUUCUUGUUUAGGAAGGGUGCAUCACUAAGUCCUUUCCAAACACUUCAUGAGGUUUCGUCUCAUCAGAUUUAUCUUUGCCAUUUUCCUUUAUUCUCAUGUUGAGAUAAAUGUAAGGAAAUAAAGUCAUAGUGUGGUAAC